CCCAGAUCAACAAGAAACAACUCUACUCUAUCUCUCUAUUAUCAAACAUGUUCACAACUCGUGGUGCCGCUAUCGUUCUUGUUCCCGUCAGCUCCUUGGCUGCUUACAGCUACAUCCGUACUACGGCUCAACCUGGUUUGGCCCAUUCCCAUAUUAUGACUCUUCGUGGCUCCGACCACUCCGGUUUGGCUCAGUGGCGUAAAAUUAACAAUGGCCUUGGUCUCGUCGAUGUCAGCCGUAGCGGUGGUGGUCUGUAAAAAUAUAAGACCCCGCUCUCCCUCAAAACUAUUUAUUUCUAUCGGCUCGGUGGCUAGACCAUACGUAGCCUUUCCCUAUCUACCAUCAUCACUUAUCAUUUCUGUACAUCACCAUCUUUUUUCGCCUCUUCGUCCCUUUUGUUACCCUUUCAAUCAAAUAAAAAUAAAAGAGAAUGCUG